AAUGCAAAGAGAAAGAAAAAAAAAGCAUUUGCAGAUUGCAGAGUAAUCGAGGCGGUUUUCUUUUCUUCUCUCAUCGCAAUCAUCUUCGUACGGCUCUUAUAUAUCCAUAAGUUGAUCUUUAUCUUUCUUUCUUUCGUUCUUCAGAUUUCAUCUGUUAGUAUAACUUGAUUGUUUCGUCUGUCAACGAUCUGUAGUCGUUAAAAUUGGUACGUCGUAGAGAGGAACACGGUACUGGUCCGAUCGAGAUUUGUUUGGUUUAAUCGCGAUUGUGUUUGAUGUUAGUUGAUUGGAGGGUUUCUUCUUCUUAUGUACAUGUUAUGGGUUCUGAACGUUCUCUCUUUUAUCAGUUUUAUUUAUUUAUGUAUAUAAAAAUAUUCGUUAAUAUAACAUGUCUGUCAGAAACGGUAUCAUCUCACCUACAUACAUAUUCAUGGCUGACAAAGAGGAAGCAUCAUCAGGAGGUGAAAACACUACACGUGGAACUGAUUGGGAAGUUGUUUCACUCACUGCCUCUGCUUAUGCUGCUUCUCCUGGUCCUAAAGUACAUGAUGAUGAUGUUACUACUACUACUACUCCUUCCGAAGCAGAGACCUCUCAUCCUCUCUACAUGUCUGGCCACUUUGUUUUCCCACCCACGGAACCUCCUAGUGCACUAGAUAAUAAUAAUAAUAAGGCAAACAAGAAGAUUGAUUCUGAUUUCUCUCUGGAACCACAAGUUGGUGGAGAUUUGUCUCUGGAACCAGAUGAGUUUUUAGGACAUCAUGCCUUUUUGGACGAGGAGAAAGGCAAAAGAGAUGAAAGAAACAUUUACAAGACUUGUCUGCAAGAUGAACAGAGCAGCGUCACCCCACCUGAACAACUGGAAGAUGAUGAUGUCGCAGCUAACUCAUCCCCAUGGUGGAAAAGAAGCGCCGCUUCUUUCAUUUCGCAGGCGAAAGAAACCAAAACUGUUUGGUCCAUUUUCAUAGCUGCAGCUGUGAUGGGAGUUGUGGUUCUUGGCAAGCGUUGGCAACAUGAGAGGUGGCAGCUUAACUGGGAAUCAACCAUUGCUAACAACGAGACGUUUUUUCUUCAGAAAGCUGGAAGACUGAUGGGACCCAUCUCUCGACUGAAACAAGCAUUUGUUGGGGGACAGCAACGGGAUUCAUUCAUACGUUCCCAAAACGACAGUUAAAACCGAAAGGUGAUUUGCUUUGUUGAUGAUGACAGAUACAAACUGUAAGAGUAUGUGACUCUUUGUGUCCGAAUGUAAGAAUGGAUUGUAAGUAAAAUCUAUGGGUGUCUCUUUUAUUAAUGUUUCGGUCUGGUUUGUGAUGUGUGUACAUAUAUGGCUUUCUGUUUGUUCUCAAGUGCACGCUUUUACUUCUU